AGCUUUUGUGUUAAAUGAGAAAAAAAGGAUAGCAUUACACAAUAAAACAAAUGACAAUAUUUGCUGUAAAAACACUUCAUAAAUAAGUAAUUCUACUAUAAGCAAAGUUUUAAUACUGAUGUAUCAAAUGAACCAAUUUAGACAGUAUUGAGACACUCCCCAGACAUCCUGAUUUUAUCUUUAUAUUCGGUUAAGAUCCUAUAAUGUCAAACUUUUCCCACAAGUGAUUCUAAAGCUGUUCUGUAAGCUGCCAACCUUUGUUUUUAAGAAAACUCCCACAGUCUGAGUGGGUGUGAGAUGAAGGAUGAAGGAACGAAGACAAUAAUAUGGUGUAAAGUGGGAUGUGUUUGCGGGGAAAACCAUGUUGUCAGAUUAAACAAAGACACUAAAGGUAAAUAAAUCUAAUAAUUUAGUUGCAUAUACAGAGAUAAAAAUAUAUAUCUGGGAAAUAAUGUGCUCAUCCAACAGAAAAUAAAGCACUGAUUAAAUGUUAGAAAGGAAACUGAAUCAUUAUAUUCGAGUAACAAAUGUCCCAAUAGCUUAAAUCUGAGAACCAUAUUUAUUGUCUGUCAUAAAUAGCAUCCACAGAUGAAUAGAUAUUAGUCUGUUUCUAACAGUAUUUUAUUACACUGAAAGCAAAUACUUUAAAUCAGCUAGGCGUUACCUAAUAAACUCGUCAUUUUAUCCAUAAGCACAUUGCUUAUUAAAAUGCAAACAUUUCCUUGAACUGAAUAGAUCCUAAUCGACUUUAAUGUCAUACUUUAUACAAUAUAUUGUUCUGAUCUGGUUAGAAUUAGCUUAUAAAGAGUCUAAAUGCAAAAGUCUUUAGCUCUAAAUCAUUAGUAAUGUCAGAUUCUGGUUUUGAAAAGCCCUUUUUGUAUCAGGAUAGCAUACAAUCAAUCAAUCAAUCGUGUGUCAUUUCCAAGAAAAUUAUGGGGGGUAAAAUCUUAAACUUGUUGUUAAAAACAUUUCUGAUCAUGUAACCCAAGCUUGCGAUAUUUUGAAACGCUGUUCAUCUGACAACACCCUCAGUACUUGUGUUUAACGCUGCCAUUGAAACGCGUGAACAGGGUGUUGUUCUGAAUCUCCAGCACACAAAAAGUCACAAUAAAGAGUGUUGAAUCAGAUACGAGUGACACUGAGGGACUUCAUCUUUGUCAGGUACUAGGUCAGUAUCUGUUAUACUGUGGGAUAGAUGUACAGCUUGUUGUUUGACGGACAACAGCAGGCCCGCAGAAGCACUGGACAUGGAUAGUGUGUCAGUAUAAAAGGAGAGAAGUACUGAAAUCAGCAGUUGGAGGUCAUUCAAACUUGGUAGGUGAGGAAUUAUCACUGGUGAGUCUUCACAUAUUUUAUUUCCUUUUUCCUCCUCGACUGUCUAAUGUCGAAAAGGCAUUAAAACGUCUCGUAAUAGUCAUUGACUUGUAAAAAAAAAAGCCUAAGUGACAUGAUCUUGUGAUCAGAUAUUUCUUCUGCACUCUUGAACUGUAUCAGGUUGCUAUUGUACAGUUUUAAAGGAUGCAAGCAGACAUACAGAUUUCAGCAUUGAGAGACUCGUUUUCAUUUAUUACAGGCUUUCGCAAUAUUUCGGACACUUAUUUUCUUACAGCGCUGACAGAAUGGCUCAGUUAUUGUGGGUAUUUCUUGUGCUCGCUGUAAUGAUCAAAGAUACAUUGCCACAAAGGAUCAUUGGGGGUCAAGAGGUUGUGCCUUACUCUGUCAAAUACCAGGCAUCUCUUCAGGUUGACAGGAAGCAUUACUGUGGAGGAACCCUCAUUCAGCCUCAGUGGGUGUUGACUGCUGCCCACUGCUGGAGACCGGCCAGUGUGAUUCAGGUGGUGCUGAGUGAGCACAAUCUUGCUGUAGAAGAGGGAUUUGAGCAAGUGCUUGAUGUGUCCAGAGUCUACAGUCAUUUUGCCUACAAUCCAAAAACUUUUAACAAUGACAUCUUGCUCAUUAAGCUCAGUGUUCCAGCCCAGAUUAAUGCUUAUGUUCAACCGGCCACACUGCCAACCAUAGACACGCCUGAGUUAAUUGGAGGAACCAGCUGCACCGUGAGCGGAUGGGGAGUGACACGAAUAUAUAGCUUCUAUCUGUCACCGAUUCUGCGUGCAGUGGAUGUGUCAAUCAUGAGCUACUGCCAAUACUACUACUACUACAGAGUCAACGACAACAUGAUUUGUGCGGGCUCUCGCUUCGGGGGAAAAGACGCCUGCCAGGGCGAUUCAGGCGGUCCUCUCAUUUGUGAUGGGACUUUAGAAGGCAUUGUGUCAUGGGGAAUCGGCUGUGCUCUUCCGUACUAUCCUGGCGUCUACACAAAAGUGAGAAACUACAGCCGCUGGAUCGACUGGAUCAUCAGCUCUGACAGCUGAAACAUAGGUUCAACUGAAUAUGGGAGGCCUUUCCUUCAAUCAGAAUUAAGAAAAGGUGUAAUUU